AUGCUGGCAUCGAUUCUCUUACAGAACGGCACAAUGAACUCCUCGAAAGUGAUCUUCUGGAAAUUGGUAGCGAUUUCACUUGUUGUUGCAACUAGCGCUUAUCUUCAUGGUGACGUCUAUGAAGAUCUUGAACCCUACGACAGCGACUAUAUGGAGGCGGAUGAUGACUUCGCACAAGCUCAGAAGCGCUUCAUGCUCGGCCUUGGAGUUCCAAAAAGCCACAACAAAAAGAAGUUUUUCCUUGGUCUUGGCGUCCCGCGGAAACUUCACCUCCAGCACCGAUAA